AUGGCGCCCAGUAAAGGAAAGAAGAAAAAAGGUCGGACAACUCUGAAAGACCACAUACUUAUCUUCGAAAAAGAAAAGAAGAGAAUGGCCAAAAUGUAUGAAACCAGCACUAAACUUUGGGAGAUGAAGCUGAAGAGAACUAAGAAGGAUUUAGCCUUCCACCAGCAGGAACUCUACAAGAAGGCCUGCGAGACUGAGCAAGUAAAAAGCGCAAUAUUCAUGGUGGAGAAUUGCGGUAUUGGCGUCACCGAUUUUUGGCUCAACGAAUUAAAAGAAAGAGAUGAGAAGCUCAAAGUGAUGGGGGAAAGGCUCAAAAAGCAAGAAGAGAUUGCAGCACAACAGAAACUUGAGUUGGAAAAUGAAAGGAAGCGAGAUCUCAAAAGGUUUGAGGAAGAAAUUUUAAAGAGGAAAGCCACCGAGGCACGGGUACAGAGAAAAAUUACUAACAUUAGAAAGCAAAUGCAAGUGUCUAAAGAAGAAUACAGAAAAAGCAUAAGAGAAAAAGAAAAGAGAUAUUCAGUCUUACUGAAGGACUCACAGGAGAAAGAAUGGAACUUCAUACGCAAAGAAGGGGAGACGAAUAAGUUGAGGGCUGAGCAGGACAAAAACAUUGCCGAAUUGGAAAGUGAACUUUUCAGUGUUAAAAGGGAGAGAAACUGGCUAAUUGAAAACCUAAAAUCUGCCUUGAUUGAUUUAGAUGACGUGAAUCAACUGGCUGAGUCACUGUCUAUUGACAAAUUCUCACUGGCAAUGGGCAAAAACAUUCUGGCAAUAAAAUUAGAGAGAAGCUUUUGUGAGAUGGCAUGUGUACAACAAAUGCUUGAUGAAGUCACGGCCAGAGCUGCUCCCCUGGAAGAGGCCCUCAAGAAAAUGGAAGAAGAAAAAACAGAGAAUGAAAAAAGAAACCAAGUCGCCAUCCAGGCCAGUCAGGUCGAGUUGGACAAACUACAGAAAAUUAUUGCCAUGCGAGAGAAGGAGAUCUGUCAAGUGAAGCAGCUGGCGAGGACCAUUGUGGAGAAACGCAGAGACAUGGAGGUGUUUUUCCACCAAGCCCUGGAUGACGUCCGACAGGAGAUAGCUGACGAAAGAAAGCGGAACGCAAAGGAGGCAUAUCGAAACUACUAUCAGAAAUUUAGAGACGGAGGAAAAGGAAAGGGAAAGUUCCCCCUCAUCCAUACCUUCGAUCAAACUCCCAACAGCACCAAUUCUGUGUACUCAGACAUGAAGGAAACUGGAAAUUGGCCCCAUGGCCCUGGCAAAGAGGUUUACAUGUCUGAUCUCACUUGGGAGCAAAAAGAAAAAGUGCUCACUCUUCUCUUUGCUAAAAUGAACGGAGAUGCAGAACGUGCAUCAAAAUCGAGUACGACGAGGCUUGACUGUCAUUUCCGAAGUGCAGACUGGCUCCACCACCAUGGUCCAAAAGAAGGUGGAUUUGUGAAAGUUCUGUAG